GGCAAAAGCAACGCAUAAAUAUGUCUGAACCCCCCAAUAUUUGGCCUGUAGCUCAGUGUGAAUUCUGUCAUACCUCAGAGCCAUGACUCCUUCCAUCCUCAUCGUUGGUGCCACCGGCAAUACCGGCCGAGCCGUCGCCCAAACAUUGCCAGAGCUGCUUCAAUCCAGCAGCACUUUGUCCGAGCACCGCAUUAUUGCUCUCACUCGCUCUUCGGACAGUCCAGUGGCACAAGCCCUUGCCAAAAGAGCCGGAGUUGAAGUGAUUGAACAGAACUGGGUUGAGAUCACCGCCGACUGGCUCCGCGAACACCAAGUUGCUAGAGCAUUCAUUGCAUCGCACAAUGAGCCCAACCAGUUUGCCGAAGAGUCGACCUUCCACCUCAACGCCCUCAACGCCGGCGUCAAAUAUAUCGUGCGGAUCUCAACCACGGCUGCAAAUGUCCGCCCGGACUGCCCUGCCUACUAUGCACGCCAGCACUGGGCCAUCGAGGCUCUGCUCGGCUCACCCGAGUUCGAUAAUUUGCAGUGGACCUCUCUUCAGCCGAACGUCUUCUCGCCAUUCAUCCUGGCCCCCGCUGCGGAAUUCAUCAAGAAAUACCGCAAGACUGGAGAGCAGGAUACACUUCGGUUGAUGACGUCAGAGGAUGCACCCGUCGGCCUUGUCGAUCCUGACGAAGUUGGUGUUAUUGCAGCCCAUCUCCUGUCCCAGGACGACACUUCUGCGCAUAACAAGUCCAAAUACGUUUUGAAUGGGCCCGAGGAUAUCACUGGAAUUCAAAUUGUCGCAAUGGUUGAGCAGCACAUUGGUAGGCCCGUCAAAAACGUUAGCUACAAGGAUGUUUCAUUCAUCGACAUGCUAUAUGAGUAUCAGUACGCGGCCACCAGGCAAUCGAAGAAUGUCAUCUACUCCAUCAGGCAGGCCCCGGAGACGGCGUGGGAAGGGAAAUGCUCGACUUCAACGACCAGCAAGGAGAUCCUGGAGCUUGCUGCUCCGAAGCGUACACCUGCUGAUAGCUUGAGGGCUUUACUUGAGGGCUGAAAUCAUAUAUUGAAAAAUAGUGGUCUAUCUGGGUAAAUCAAGCUGCAUGUAUUGGGAAAACAGGAAAUCUAUAUUUAUUUGGCUCAUAAGCAAAGAAAUCAAUAAUCGAAGAUAUCAGUUCUAGCCAAACAAUGACCGUUUAGAAUAGGACUUUCACAGAUUGGCGUGUGGGAAUGAUACCUGCUUUAGCUUUUAUGUGGGGUGCAGAAUAACAAUCCAGAACGCUGAGUAAUAUGGAGCUG